CAUUCAAACGCAGUCAGAAUCUAAGGUUAAGCUUCAUUUUAACAUUAGUUUGUGCAGCGUUUGUUCUUUUUUGUUCCAAACACCUAAAACAACUCAAAUUGUUACGUUUUAAACAUAUUCCAGCUUCAAAUAAGGAAAUUCUUCAUUAUUCAACAUGAAUAAACGCAAACCGGACACACCCAAGAGUCCAAACAAGAAAUUGAAGCAAGGCAGUGUUAAGAGGCCUGACUUGCCACCACUGGACACCAAAAAGGACAAAAUCAUCUUCCAACAAUUAGAGUUUGAUCAUUACAUUGGACAUGUCUAUCCAGGUAUGCCAGGUGCCCAGAGUGGUUCAGUACCAAUCAUGAGGAUGUUUGGCAUCACAGAAGAUCAACACAGUGUCUGCUGUCACAUUCAUGGAUUCACACCUUAUCUUUAUGUUAAUCUACCAGAUGAUUUCACAAAAGCUGAUUUAGAACCAUUCAAAAGCAAGUUGAAUGAUGCUUUGAUUGCUGACAACAGACAGAAAAAAGACUUGAUUGUUGAAGCUGUGCUCAUGGUUGACAUAGUACAAGGACAAUCUUUGAUGGAAUACAAAGGUGAUGACAUGUGCAACUUUGCAAAGAUCUCAGUUGCUUUACCAAGAUUAAUCCCGGCUGCUAAACGCCUGCUGGAGACUACUGUAGUGUAUCCCGCGGCAGGACAUCAUGUUUUCACCGCGUUUGAAUCGAAUGUUGAUAUUGAAAUGCGUUUUAUGAUUGAUACUAAAGUAUUGGGUUGUGCCUGGAUAGAAAUUCCAGCUGGUAAGUGGUUUAAACGUGGGCAUGGUAGUGUUUUCCCGGUGCAAUCAAGGUGUCAGUUGGAAAUUGAUGUUUCUUGGGAAGAUUUCAUUCCGCAUGCGCCUGAAGGUGACUGGGCAACGGUUGCGCCUUUCAAAAUGCUAAGUUAUGACAUUGAAUGUGCUGGAAGGAAAGGUGUUUUUCCUGAUCCUAUGAUUGAUGCUGUUAUCCAAAUUGCAAAUGUUGUGCAGUUGCAUGGACAUCCAGAACCAAUGUUGAGGAAUAUCUUCACUUUAAACACUUGCGCGCCCAUUGGCUAUGCAGAAGUCCAUUCUUUUCAAACAGAGAGUGAAAUGUUGGAAGCCUGGGCGGAAUUUAUCCGUCAGUGUGAUCCUGACAUCCUUUCAGGAUAUAAUAUCACUAAUUUUGAUGUGCCAUAUCUGCUUGAACGUGCUAAGAAGCUAAACUUGAAGAAUUUCCCGUUUCUUGGACGAAUUACAGCGAUUAAAUCCGAAUUAAAAGAGCAAGUGAAUCAAACUAAAGUCGGGCGUCGCCCUGUUAAACUCGCAAAUUUCGAAGGACGUGUUAUCUACGAUAUGCUCGUCGUUAUGAAGCGUGAUUUUAAAUUGCGUUCGUAUACCUUGAAUAAUGUGUCGAAUGAAAUUCUGGGCGAGUCUAAAGAAGAUGUGCAUCACAGUAUUAUCACAGAUUUACAAAAUGGCGACGAUCAGACACGUAGGCGUCUUGCUGUUUAUUGUAUAAAAGACGCAGAACUUCCUUUACGGUUGAUCAACAAAGUGAAGUCAUUUAUCAACGAUGUUGAAAUGUCCAGAGUCACGGGUGUUGCGUUGACUAACUUGUUGACAAAGGGUGAACAAGUGAAAGUCGUUGCGCAAUUGUUACGACAUGCAAGGGCUCAUAAUUAUUUCAUGCCGGUGCAUCAAGGAAUGGCAAGUUCAGAGCAGUAUGAGGGUGCUACAGUCAUUGAGCCCAUUCGGGGUUAUUAUAAAAUGCCGAUUGCGACUUUGGAUUUUAGUUCGCUGUAUCCCAGCAUCAUGAUUGCGCAUAAUUUAUGCUACACAACACUUUUAAAACCGUCAAAUAAAGAUAAACUUGGUUUGACGCCUGAUCAAAUCACGCAAACUCCAGCAAACUGUAUGUUUGUGAAGUCAUCAGUGCGCAGAGGUCUUCUACCGCACAUUUUGGAACAUCUACUUGCCGCCAGGAAGAAAACUAAAGCAGAACUUAAAGAAGCGACUGAUCCUGGCAUGCGUGCUGUGUUAGACGGUCGACAACUUGCGUAUAAAAUCUCCGCGAACUCUGUUUAUGGAUUCACAGGAGCGCAAGUUGGAAAACUGCCUUGUUUGGAAAUUUCAGGCAGUGUAACUGCAUAUGGUCGUACGAUGAUUGAACAAACACGUCAGGAAGUCGAACAGCGGUAUUGCAUCGCCAACGGAUACAAACACGACGCAAAGGUAAUAUACGGCGAUACAGACUCAGUAAUGGUCAAUUUCCAAGUGAGUACACUUGAAGAAAGCAUGGAAUUAGGCCGGGAGGCAGCCGAACUCAUCAGUCAGAAAUUCAUCAAACCUAUCAAACUAGAAUUCGAAAAAGUUUACUUUCCAUACCUGCUGAUUAAUAAGAAACGUUACGCAGGUUUAUAUUUUACAAAUACCGAAAAAUACGACAAGAUGGACUGCAAAGGUAUCGAAACAGUGCGUAGAGAUAACUGCACACUAGUUGUAAACGUCAUUAAUACUUGUCUACAAAAAUUACUGAUUGAAAAAGAUCCGGAUGGUGCAGUAGCGUUCACAAAGAAAACAAUCGCUGAUUUAUUACAAAACAAUAUCGAUAUCUCUCAGUUAAUCAUCACGAAAGAAUUGAGUAAAUCUGAUUAUGCCGCAAAGCAAGCACAUGUUGAACUUGCGCAUAAAAUAACAAAACGUGAUCCUGGCAAUGCUCCACAAUUAGGCGAUCGGAUUCCGUAUGUUAUCAUCGCUGCAGGAAAGAAUAGCAAAGCUUACGAAAAGGCAGAGAAUCCACUUUAUGUUUUAGAGAAUAACAUUCCCAUCGAUACGAAUUAUUAUCUGGAAAAUCAGCUCUCCAAACCUUUGAUUCGUAUCUUCCAGCCUAUUUUAGGUGAUAAUGCAGAGUCGAUUUUAUUAAAGGGUGAACACACUCGUAAAAAAACCGUGGUCACGUCGAAAAUCUCCGCAUUGGCUGCGUUUACAAAAAAACGCGAAGUUUGCCUCGGAUGUAAAUGUGUCUUACCCAAAGAACACGAAAAAGAAGCGCUGUGUGAGCAUUGCCAUGACAAAGAACCAAUGUUAUAUCAAAAGGAGCUGAGUCAUCAUCGUCAACUCGAGGAUAAAUUCGCUGUUCUUUAUACUGAGUGCCAAAGAUGUAUGGGGUCGCUACAUGAAGAGAUUCUAUGCACAAAUCAAGAUUGUGAUAUUUUUUAUAUCCGCAAAAAGGUCCAAAUGGAAUUGGAAGGUAGUAAGACGCGUGUUGAGAGAUUCGGUGCUUCCUGUUACGAAGAGGAGCUGUUUUAGGCACCGUGUGGUCGAAUACUUACAUUUAUUAAAAAUGUACAGUAUAAAAUUACAUCGCUUCAGUUAUGAUACCAUGAUUAUUUUAAUUUUAAUAGUAUUUAUGUUCUUCUUUUUAUUUACUGUGUAAUUGAUGUUGAACGCAACCGAAUUAAUGAAUAGAAGUAAAAAUGCAAACAAAACGAAA